UGUAAGGUAGAAGGGGGGAAUAGGCGGCUAAAGGUGCGCAGCGGAGAUGUAAAACUCAGGAAUCUGGAGCUCAAGAAAGAGGCGCUUGAUCAGAUGAAGCUCCCGCUCAACGUUCUCGAAGGGCAUCUUGGGCAACUGACGCUACAAAUUCCGUGGAGUAAUCUGAAAGGGAAGCCGGUCAAGGUCAUCAUCGAGGACGUGUUCUUGCUUGCUGCGCCGCGGUCAGAUCAGGAGUAUAACGAGGAGGAAGAGGAACAGAGGGUGCAGAGGCUCAAGAUGGAGAAGCUGCAGAAUGCGGAGCUACUACAGGAGCGCAGCGGCGCCGGCAUGACCGCGGAGGAAGAACAGAAGAACCAGAGCUUUGCGGCGAGUCUGACGACGAAGAUAUUGGACAACCUUCAAAUCACUGUGAAGAACAUUCAUAUCCGCUAUGAAGACUCAAUAAGCACCCCCGGCCACCCCUUCUCGCUAGGGUUCACACUUGAGGAAUUCUCGGCCGUUUCCACGAACGAGAGAUGGGAGCCGGACUUCAUCCAGGGCCACGUCGAGAUAUCGCACAAGCUUGCGAAGCUGGGCUCAUUGGCAAUAUACUGGAACACAGACUCGGAGCAUCUCAGUGGAAAGCCUCAUCAAGAGGUGGUAGAGGCGUUCAAGGGACUGAUAGCGGGUGGCGAGAGGGAGAAUAUCGCGAAGAAUCACCAGUUCGUCCUCAAGCCUGUCAAUGGCAUUGGCCGAAUCGAGAUGAACAAGACGAAUAACAACGAUCGUCCACGAGUGAAGAGUCAGUUGCUAUUCGACGAAAUUGGUUUCGUACUCGAUGAGGACCAGUAUCGCGACCUCUUGAUGAUGGUAGACUUGUUCCACUUCUAUAUCCGUCACCAACAAUACAAAAAGUACCAGCCCAAGGGUGUUUCUCCCAAGGAGGAUCCAAGGGCUUGGUUGAAGUUCGCGACGGAUGCGGUCCUCAGCCAGAUCCAUGAGAAAAAUCGGAAAUGGUCGUGGGAAUACUUCAAGGAGCGCCGGGAUGACAGGAAACGAUACAUCGACUUGUUCAAGCAUAUCAAGCGGCAAGACCCCCCGCCGGAGGAGGAAGUCGAGGAGAUCACCAAACUGGAGAGAAAACUCUCGUAUGAGGAUCUACGCUUCUAUCGAUCCCUCGCGAGGAACCAGAUGCGAAAAGAGCGUACACUCGUACCAAAGGCAGCAGUCCAAAAGAAACAGCAAGGAUGGGGAUCCUACCUAUCGUCGUUCGUUACCAGCCAGCCAAAGGAGGAAGAGGACGAUUCACUUAUGACGGAGCAGCAACGGAAAGAGCUGUACGAGGCUAUUGAGUGGGACGAGCAUAAAACCAUCACGGAAGCCAUCGAUUUACCGAGGGAGACGGUGAAGAUGGAGGUACAAGCAAGCCUCAAGACGGGUAGUUUUACGCUGAAGAGGGAUCCGCAUGGUAGCAGCAAGGAGAUAUUGUCCUUGCUCUUCGACACAUUCAAGGCUAGAGUGUUGCAGCGGCCGGAUUCACUCUUUGGAGAACUCAGCCUUGGUGGCCUCCGGUUGUACGAUGGCACCACCGAGGGAACGCUCUAUCCACAGAUUAUACGUGUCAAGAACGUGGUUCCCCCGGUAGAAGCCGGCCGUAUCGAGGAACUAGGCGAAGAUGACGAAGAGAAAGACGUUCAGAACGAGGCAGACCCCCUUACUCCCUUCUUCCGCGCAAGCUUCGAGCAGAACCCGCUCGAUGAGAGUGCAGACUCGGCGGUAACCGUCCAGAUGAGGAGUAUGGAGAUCAUCUACAAUCCGAAAUUCAUCGAGGAGAUUUACAAAUUCUUCAAACCGCCGGAGCGGCACAUGGAGAGUAUUGGAGCUCUGAUGGAGUCUGCCGGUGCGACGGUAGAAGGUCUCAGACAGCAAACUAGGGCGGGUCUUGAGUUUGCUCUCGAAGAACACAAGACUGUCAAUGCAAAACUGGAUCUCCAGGCGCCUCUUAUCAUCAUUCCGGAAAGCUGUACGGAGAAGAAUACCAAUUGCCUUAUUCUCGAUGCCGGUCACGUCGCCCUUUCAAGUGAUUUGGUGUCGAGAACCGAUAUCGGCGAGAUUCAAUCCAAGCAGAAUCAGCGGUACAGUGAGCAGGAUUGGAAGCAGUUGGAAUCCCUGAUGUACGACAAGUUUAGGCUCACGUUAGAAUCGACACAGGUUCUUAUUGGCCCUUCGAUGGAAGAAACAGUCGCUCAGCUGCAUCGUGGUUCAGACCAGAAACAGUUCCAUAUUGUUGACCGGAUCAAUAUCGACUUCAUUUUGGAGAUAUCCAUCUUGCCGAAGGCCCCCAACCUCACCAAGUUCAAGAUGACCGGUCAUCUGCCUGUUCUUCAGGCGGCGAUGUCGGAUACAAAGUACAAGGCAAUGAUGAGGAUCAUUGACAUGGCCAUUCCCAACCUGGACGGCGAUGAGCCUCUGAAGGUCCAACAGCAUACCGACAAGAAGGUGCUGCCCAGCAAGGAUAAUUCCACUUACGCGGACCUACGCCGGGCCUCUGCCUUCCAGUUCUCCGCACAGCAGCAAGAAUUGAUACUGGAGGAAGACACAGAUGAUGAAGGCGACGAUGAGGAGAAGUUCGAAGAGGCCCUCGAUGGGAAUCCGACAAACGCCCCAACCUUCCACCAAAAGAACUUUGAGCUGAGGUUUACCGUUGAUCGACUGCAGGGCUCAUUGUUCAGGGCCGAUCCCGACGGAAUCAAGCCAGACAAGGAGCUAGUAUCUCUCGUCGCUGAACACUUUGAGUUCGAACUUUGCAUCCGGCCAUACGACUUGUCAGCCGUUGUGGUCCUGAAGUCGUUGAACGUUGAGGACCUUGUGGACGAAGACCCAUCUCCUGAUUUCAAACGGAUCGUUACAUCGGACGGCUUGACGAAGAGCAGUGAAAGCCCGCUCUUCUUUGUCAAGUACAUCCAGGUUAAGCAGGAAUCCCCGGAGUUCAUGUCGGUAUAUGAGGCCAUCGACAAGCAUAUCGAUGUGCAAAUCUCGACUAUCGAUGUUGUAGUCACGCGGAAAACCGUUUUGACUCUCCUGGAUUUCGUCAUCACGACGUUCACGAACCCCGAUGCACCAGCUCAACCACCACGGAAAGCCAUCGAGGGUGGCGAAGAGGCAGAGGUCGAGCCAGUACCAGUGCUGCCAGUGGCGCAAGAACAAAAGAUUCGGGUGAAGGUCGAUCUCGACAGCAUCGCACUCAUCCUGAACAACGACGGAAUCCGACUAGCAACUCUCAGUCUAGACAGUGCCGACUUAGGGAUCUUCGUGAUGGGCAAAACUCUCCGAAUUGGUGGUCGUCUCGGAAACUUCUCCUUGAUUGACGAUAUCAAUGAGGGUGCCGAUGAGAACUCUCCUUUCCGGCAACUAGUCAGUAUCCAAGGGGAUGAACUCGCCGACUUCCGGUAUGAGACAUUCGAUCCAGAGGCGAAGGGCUCGUACCCAGGCUACAACUCUUCGAUAUUCUUGCGGUCCGGAUCAAUCAAGGUCAAUUUUGUCGAAGAGCCUUUCCGGAAGAUCAUCGAUUUCGCCGUGAAGUUCGGCCGAAUGCAGGCGCUUUUCAAUGCAGCACGACAGGCCGCAAUGAAUCAGGCGAACCAGAUCCAAGAGAACGCGGACAAGAUACAUUUCGACAUCUUGAUGCGCACGCCCAUUGUUGUCUUCCCCAAGGUUGGCAGCAGUACAUCCAAGGGAGACCUUAUGACAGCAUAUCUCGGAGAGCUUUACGCCCAGAAUACAUUCGCGCAAUUAGAUGACACGGAAAACUCGGUUGUUGCGAACAAGAUCUCGGCUGGUAUCCGGAAGACGAGACUUACGAGUGAAUUCCACUAUGAGGGAGGUCGGGUUGAGGAAUUGGAGCUGCUCGAUCAGCUGGAUCUUACCUUUGCCGUGACGUAUCUUGAACAUAUUGAGAAUGCUACUAGGCCCGAUAUCGAGAUCGAGGGCUCCAUGUCAGAUCUCAACCUCAAGUUGACGCAGAAUCAGUACAAGUUUCUGCUCGAGCUAUCGCGGUCCAUUCCGGGUGUGUUCGCCGGUGAUCCGGAGGACGAGCGUGAAAUUAUGGAGCAACUCCCGGAGGAAACGAAGGAGCCCGCAAAAUCACAACUCGGAGCACCGGGAGGAGCGACGGACAACGACGGUGGAGAUGGGAAGGUUGUUCAUUUGAACCCGGAGCUGGGAACAGGCCCUGACACAUGGACGAAACUCGACUUGGUGUUCAAGGUGGGAAGCAUCGGAAUGGAGCUUUUCGCUUGCGAACCCGACAAGGCCAUAACCGACCUUGAGUCGGCCAGUCUGUCCCGAGCUUCGCUCAAUAGUACCAACGUGAAAUUGCGGAUGAUUAGUGAUGGAUCCCUCGAGUCGGAACUUCUCAUCGAGUCGUUCAAUAUCAGAGAUAGUCGCAAACAGGAAACGAACAAGUUCCGGAAGAUCAUGUCGUCGACCCACAAGGAGGGAUCGCAAUUCAUGGCGAGCGUUACAUUGUCCGGGGGCGUCGAACGGAACCUUGUGGCUUUACUCACAAUUGACAGCCCGCGGAUCAUUUUCGCGCUCGAUUAUAUCUUCGCAUUGCGGGACUUCGUGAUGUCCGGACUGUUGCCUGAAGAGGAGGGCCUAAGUGAACUCGAGGAAGAUUCCGAAUCUGAUGCCCUUGACACCCCAAUGAGUACCAAACCAGCGAGCCUGGCGACUUCAAAGCGGUCUCAAUCGACGACUCAGUCCGCGCCAGCGAAACAGAAGGAUUCACGGGUUCCAGCGAUUAUGGUCUCAUUCCGCGCCAAUAUCGUGGACUCGCAGGUCAUCCUCAUCGCCAACCCCAGUAUCAGUAACUCAGAAGCUAUCGUUCUGUCCACCAAGCAAGUUCUCUUGUCACAGCAACAUGCCUUGACGCUUCAAGUCGAGAAGGUCGGGAUGUUCCUGUGCCGCAUGGACAAACCAGACACCAGCAGGCUCCGGAUUUUGGACGACUUUACCCUCAAGGUCGCUAUGGACAGCCGAGCAAUCGGCCGUAACAGCUCGCUCCAGAGUAUCCACGUUGGAGUUGAGCCGCUAGUUAUCCGUGUGUCUCUUCGGGAUAUCCUAUUGGCGGUGCAAAUCUUCAACAAGGCCAGCGAAAUGUCCGGCGGCGCCCAGAAGUCGGGCUCUGACGAGGAGGCGACAAAGAUGAAGAACGCCAAGGGCUUGAGUUCGCUCAAGCGUAGGACCGCGAGUGGAUAUGGUGCUUCGACGAAGGUUGGGAAACCCAAAACGCUGGCUACGACACGCAGCACCCCGGCACCGCCGCAGAAGAGCACUCCGGGCACGUCGUCCAGCAUGGUUCGCAGGGAAGAACUGCAGGCCGAGAUUGAGGGAAUGCGGGUAAUCCUGAUUGGUGAUCAGCAUGAACUUCCGUUGUUGGAUUUGAGUGUGAAGAAAUUUACAGCUAGAGUCAAGAACUGGAGUGGGGAGAUGGACGCGGACACGAGCAUUGAGACUUUCGUGAAUAUUUACAACUUCUCGAAGAGCGCCUGGGAGCCGUUGAUCGAACCAUGGCAACUCGGCUUCCACAUGGCGAAGACAUCGCAGCCAGAGAAAUUGUCGAUCGACUUGUACUCUCGGAAGAUGUUGGAGGUUACCGUUACUUCACAGACCAUAGCUUUGCUCACAAAGGCUGCGCAGUUCAUGCAGCAGGACGAGGAUGUGCUGACGAAGCCCCGCGGGUCGGAAACGCCGUACCGUAUUCACAACCAGACCGGCUAUCCUUUGCACGUCUGGGCAGCGUCGGACAAUCCUCUGGAAAGUUCUUCAAUGGCGAUCAAACUGCAAGAUGGCGAAACAGCUCCCUGGAGGUUCGAGGAGUGGGAAAAGAUGCGAGAGAACUUGACGCCGGAGGGAGCUAGUGGUAUCGUUGGCAUCAAGCUCGAGGAUAGUCCGUUUGAGAGCAUCAAGGAGAUUUCCGUUAAUCGUGAGGGCGAGCAACUCUACACCCUACGGCCCGCGAAGAAUGAAAUUCUCCAUCGAUUGCUCUGCGAGGUCCGAUUAGGUACCGACAGCGUCAAGCACAUCACUUUCCGCUCGCCGUUCCUGAUUGAAAACAACACGCAAAUCCCCGUCGAGAUGGGCAUACUCGAUGCGCGGGGCACGCAUCUCGUCAAGGUCUACAAAGUCCUGCCUGGCGAGUCUCAGCCUGCACCUGUCGAGGCGGCAUACAACCAGUUGGUUGUUAUUCGCCCUGACGCUGGUUUCGGGUACAUCUGGUCCAAGGAGCGAAUCUUUUGGCGGGACCUUCUGAGGUCGCCCACCAGUUGCAUCACGUGUAAGACGGAGGAAGGAAAUAAUUCGCCGCCCUUCUACUUCCAGAUGCACGCCGAUUACCAGAAGAACAAUGCUGCGAGCAGUCAGUAUCCGCACAUGAGGGUGCGGCUUUCUGCACCCGUCGAGAUCCAGAACCUGCUGCCGUACGACUUCAAGUUCCGCAUUUACGAUAAGAACAACCAGAAAGAAUGGACAAAUUUCCUCCGCAAGGGUGGAUUGAGCCCCGUUCAUGUCGUGGAGCUCUCACAUUUGCUGCUCAUGAGUAUCGAGAUGCAAGACACUCCGUAUGGCGAAAGCGAUUUUGCCAUUAUCAACUCAAACGGCACGGAGUUCGACUCGGAGAAGUUGCUGGUCACGAAAGACAAACAAGGUCUGGAACUAAAUCUCAAGCUGCACUACUACAAGAUCCCGAACAGCGGUGGGGCUUUCCGUGUUGCGGUCUAUAGCCCUUACAUCAUUCUCAACAAGACCGGGCUAAACAUGAUGGUCAAAUCCAAAUCACUCUUGCAGUCGGCGAGAGUGGCGGCCGGACAGAUGCAGACGGGCUCGGCGGCAACGCAGAAGGCCCUUCCGUACAUGUUCUCGUAUCCGAAUGACGAUCGGCAGAACAGAGCCGUCUUCAAAGUGGGCGAUUCGAACUGGAGCAGACCGCAAAGUUUCGAGGCUGUCGGUAGUGUGAACGACGUCGUCCUGCCAUCCUCGACAAAGCAGACUGAAAUUCAUGUUGGAAUCUCCGUUGACGAGGGAGAAGGGAAGUACAAGAUGACUAAGGUCGUGACAUUGUCCCCGAGGUUCAUCCUCAAGAGCAAGCUCCAAGAGACCGUGCAGAUCAGGGAGCCGGGUGCCGGCUCGAGCAAUAUCAUGACGCUUGAGCCUGGCCAGCUGCUGCCGCUGCAUUUCCUCCGAUCAACACACACCAAGCAGUUGACGCUCUUGUUCCCCGGGAUCAACAACAGGUGGUCGGCGCCGUUCAACAUCUCGGAUCUCGGCCGGGUACAUGUCAAGAUGCACAGGAACAAUCAGCGGCAGACACUGGUUAGAGUGGAGAUAUUGGCGGAAAAGUCGACCGUUUUCUUGCAUCUGAGUAUGGAGACGAAGAAUUGGCCCUUCUCGAUGCGAAACGAGAGCACCCAAGAGUUUACGUUCUGGCAAACCGACCCCAAUCAAGACGAUGCGGAGGAUUCCAAGACCGAGUUCAGGCUAAUCAAAUACAAGCUUCCUCCUCGCAGCAUCAUGCCGUACGCAUGGGACUAUCCCGCAGGCAAAACGAAGGAGCUGGUUCUCUGUGCCGGUCGUCAGACGCGGCACAUCCCACUCACAGAGAUUGGAAACUUGCUGCCGAUCAAGGUUGAUACUCCCGACGGCUCAGGCAAACGGAAGAUCAUCGAUGUCAAUGUCGUCGCGAACGGUCCUACCCAGACGUUGGUGUUGUCUAACUUUAAGCCUUCGAAGAGUAUCUACAAGGUCAAAUCCAAUCCCAACCCGUCGACCAGCAGCGUGGCAACAUCCGGGUUCGAGGUUAAGGAUGUCGACAGUGGCACUACUUUCCAGGCGCAGAUACGAUUUGCCGGUAUUGGUAUUUCUUUGAUCAACAGACAACUGAAGGAACUUGCGUACAUCACCUUCCGUGACCUGGAGUUCAAGUAUGGCACUUCGUCGCUUUACCAAACCUAUAGUUUGGUCAUCAAAUGGGUACAAGUUGACAACCAGCUCUAUGGCGGAAUAUUUCCCAUCAUCAUCUAUCCCAGUGUUGUGCCGAAGACCGGAAAGGAGAUGGAUGUUCACCCGUCGAUUCACUCGUCCAUGACUCUCGUGAACGACGACAGUUACGGUGUGACAUACAUCAAGUAUGCGACUUUCUUGAUGCAGCAGAUGACAGUUGAGAUCGACGAAGAUUUCAUCUAUGCCUUACUGGACUUCUCCAAGAUGCCGGGACUGGAUGCCAAGGAGAGCGAGGGAAUACUCUGUGACGAUUCACUUGAAGUUCCCGAACCCAAGAUAUUGGAUGCUGGCCAGGAUCUAUACUUUGAGCUCCUCAACAUCCAGCCAGCACAGAUCGAUCUCUCUCUCCUGAGGACGGAUGUUGUCAACGUCGAAGACAAGACCUCAUCGAAUAAUCCGCUGAUGUUCCUGGUGAAUAUCCUGACGAUGGCGAUCGGAAACGUGAACGACGCUCCCGUGAAGCUCAACGCACUGAUGCUCGAGAACGCACGGGUGUCAGUUCCUCUACUUCUUCAGCGCCUCCAGGCUCACUACACCCAGGAGGUUCUCUACCAGGUCCACAAGAUCCUGGGAUCUGCAGACUUCCUUGGUAACCCGGUGGGCUUGUUCAACAACAUCAGUUCGGGUGUUGUGGACAUCUUCUACGAGCCGUACCAGGGAUUCAUCCUGAACGAUAGGCCACAGGAGCUGGGAAUCGGAAUCGCCAAGGGAGCCACCAUGUUCGUCAAGAAGUCUGUCUUUGGAGUCAGCGACAGUUUGUCCAAGUUUACCGGCAGUAUUUCGAAAGGCCUGACUGCCGCCACGCUUGACAAGCAGUUCCAGGAUCGACGACGUAUGUCACGCUCGAGAAACCGACCGAAGCACGCCUUGUACGGUGUCACGGCUGGCGCAAACUCUUUUGUUAGCAGCGUGGCCAGUGGAGUCGGUGGUCUAGCACGGAAGCCGCUUGAGGGAGCGGAGCGGGAAGGUGCUUUGGGAUUCCUCAAGGGUAUCGGAAAGGGUGUUGUGGGACUUGCUACCAAGCCGGCGAUUGGUGUCUUCGAUCUUGCGUCAAAUGUCACUGAGGGAAUCCGGAACACCACUACUGUUUUCGAUCAAGACGGACUCGACCGUGUACGGCUGACCCGCUACAUCGCACAAGACGGAAUCGUGCGGCCAUACUCGCAACGGGAGGCACUAGGACAGUUCUGGCUCAAGCAGCUGGACAACGGAAAGUACUUCAACGAGGAAUACAUUGCCCACCUGGAACUUCCGGAACAGGACGUUGUUGUCAUGUUGACUUUUGCGAGAAUCAUGCUCGUCCGGAGCAAGAAGUUAUACUGCGAGUGGGACGUACCGCUCAAGGAGCUGCAAACAAUCAGCAUGGAGCGCACGGGGAUCGUAUUGAUCUUGAGAGGCAACCGACAAGGACCUUUCAUUCCAACCAAGGACGAGAGCUCGCGCAAGUUCCUGUUCAAGAAGAUUGGACUAGCGGUAAAUUCGUUUAACAGUACUGCUGCGGUGUCGUAGACGGUAGACUUGAGAUAUGGAUUUGGGGAUUUGAGGAUUGGCUGUGGCUGGGGGGUCUUUUCUUAGGCUUUUUUGUUUUUCAUGGGCGGAAUUGGGAUUUAUCUUUCGCGGAUUGUGUUUUGUGGUUUCUUUUUUGCGUUGCAAAUAUGUGUCAUGGUUUUUCAUGGGUGGAAUGGGCCUUUCUCCUUGGUGUAGGUAUCGUGUUUUGCAGCUGUCCUGUGCUUUGCAAUAUGAUUCGGGAGUGUCUUUGACUCCUUGUCAUCAAAC